GCAUACAUCCUACCAGCCUCGUUCGUAGCUUGAUGCAACACAUCUAAUUCUUAGCCGCCAUCACUAUCGAGGAGAAAAGAGCGACUCCCAAUAAAUUGCUGCGGCUUUCCAGGCUAUAGUAGAGUCCACCUAUAGUUCAAGAAGUUCGUGAGAUUUAUGCAAUAAGGCGAUCGUUCAGAGUAGGAAGAGAGGGCUGACCGAGGACCGGCGCAAGAACACUUUACAUACUUCAACUCGGUGGCGCGGAGUAAAUCAGUGAACAACUGCUGAAGGAGCUGGAUGACCACCGAGUGACGCAUUGCAGGACGCGUACAAACAGAGCGCUGCUGGAAGCCCUAUUCUCGGCGCACCGGUUGAACAUCUAGACAUUCCAACUCGUUACUACGUUAGCGAUCAGCUGAAAGAGCAUUUAAUUUUUGUUGAUACAGCACAGUAUACAGGGUUAGUGUGCCCGCACUGUGAGUUAGCGAGCUAGCGGCGGAUUUUGCUGACCUGAUCACUUUUACCAGAUCCCAACAACUGAACAAGAACGUCACUGACUGUAGCAUCCUGCUGCAAGUGAGGAAGAGAGAGAGAGAGAGAGAGAAUGUCGCUACUUGGUCGCAACCCAAUACCAGUGAACAACUCGCGGUCAAAGACACUCGUGGAAAACUGGGUGGAAGAACGUGGAGUAAAGGAGUUGCUCGGAGAUGACAGCAGACCGAUGGGAGAACGCUUCCGAGAUGGCCACCAGGGGUUAUUGAGUACAGGCGUGGCGGCGGCGAGCAAAGACAGCACCGAGAGUCAUCAGAGCAUGUCAGCUGCCCCGUGGGCCGACGUUGGCCUGGGUGGAACGACCACUGGCAGUGCGUUUAGCAGCGCCGCGGCACAGUCGGACACCCAGCGUCACCGCACGGUCGGCGCGCGGCGACAGCAGCUCGAGCAGCAGGUACGCGAGUACGUUGCGGCAGAGGUGGAACAGGAGACGGCCGGGCCUGAGCCGGAGAUGGACUGCACGUCGACAACGCGCUCCGACUACACGUCCGAUUACGUGCCCAGGCAGCGCGAGCACACGCGAGAGCACAGCGUCUAUGGAGAAGCGCCGGCGUCGUUCUGGCAAGCCGAGUUGGAAAGUGGAAGAGCCGUGGACGGAAUCACCGUCAUGCCAUCCCAGCGUGUUCCGUUCCGCAAGAAUGCAACGUUCUCUACACCAGUGGAGCAGGCCCUGGAUGGUCAGGACCGAUAGCUGCAUAAGGCAACCAACAUGAGGACGUUAGCACAACAAACAGUCACGUAGUACCUAAUCAUUCAUGCAGCAGAUGCUCGAGCUUCAUGUAUUUGUACGGUAGUUGUGAAAUUGAGAAGCUAUCCACAUAGGGCUGCCAAGACCUACUGCCCAAAAUGAUGCAGAGGCAGGAACGAGUAACAGAAAAACAGUAAGGUUAAAAUA